UAGGCAUCCACGAGAAAUUCGCCUCGCGAGGGCAUUGCAUGGACCAAGGGCAGCCUCUGCGGCAAUGAGGCUGCUAUGGCUGCUCCUCGCGAGCAGCUAUCACGCGUGCGCCGACCCCGAGCUAGUAGAAGCAGCCAUCAGGCGCAUGGAGGAGAGAGGCCAGCACGAUUUGGUAGAGGACGUGCGACGGCGCCUCGCGGAGCAGGAGGGGAAGGAGGAUGAAUUUGAGCAGCACUACGCCGCCGCCGUCCAUUUACAAAGACGGGCCGAGGCCGCCGAGGCCGCUCCACAGCAGACGGGAUCUGCGGACCCGCAAACGGCAGCCCUCAUGGCGCAGAUCCGCGCGCAGGAGGCGACGAAGCAGCAACAGCUGCCGGACGCCGGCGACGUCCUCGCCAAGAUCCGGGCCUUCGAGGCCCGAAACAGCAAGCCUCAAAAUGACCUCGCGGCGCUCGCCGCGUCUUUUGGAGCGGAGAAGGCCCGCGGCCCGUCGCAGGGCGUGGAAGUUGGUCAUGAUGCGGCGGCGCUCAUGGCCCAGAUCCGACGGCAGGAGGCCCAGAAGGGCGGUGCGGGCGUCGCCGGCGCCGACGACGCGGCUCAGCUCAUGGCCAAGAUCCGCGCGGACGAGGCGAAGAAGGGUGCCGCAGUGAUGCCGGGUGGCGACGACGCCGCCGCGCUGAUGGCAGCGAUUCGCCAACAAGAGGCUCAAUCACGAGUCACGGGCGCCGCGCCCGACGCAGCCGCUCUUAUGAAGGAGAUGCAGGCAUCAAGCGAAGCGGCGACGCCCGCGGCGGCGCAGCUCGUUCAGGAGCUCCAAAAGCCUCAGGAGGAGGAGGAAUCGGCGACCGAGAAGGCCGCGAAGAGCGGCGACGUCGAGCUGCUCAAACAAGCGAUCCGCGGCGAGGAGGCCAAGGCCAAGAAGCAGGCGAGGAGGCGCAAGGAGGGCACUGUGCCAAAAGGAGCGCGUGCGAGCGUGAGCUUUUCGUUAGAAAGACGAGCCGACUCUGUCGAGGAGGCCGGCGCGCCGAUUGUUAUUACCUGGGUGUCCACCCGAGAAGACAAGAAGGAAGGCCAAGUAGCUCUAUUAAACGAGGAGGCGCCCGCGGUCCAAUUCAAGGCGUUAGUUGGGAGUCGUUUCAGAGCUAGGAAACAGUCGACGGGAGAACCUAUCAUUGAUUUUGUCGUUGAAUUCCGCGACGAGAACUUCACGGUGCCGGCGCCGCCGGGCACGAAACUCUAUAAAGAUACGCCUCCCUUACCGCCAAAUGUCGAGAAAUCACAAGCUUCCAUCAAAGCCGGGAAGGCCCUGGCAGCCUUCGAAAAAAAAUCAAGGGUGUCUCCCCCGCCGAUGGUCAAUCUCACGAAAACACCGAAAGCCUGCGACACCGCCGGCCUGUCGGCGGCCUUCAUGGGGACGACGCAAGCUAGAGGUGGCCGCAUCUUGCUUGUGUUGCGGGGCGAGGCCUUUCGGGGCCUGCACCACGGCGUCGAGGUCCUGGACGAGGGCGUAUCCGUCAGAACGGCGGAGCUGAGGCGGGGUCUGGUGUGCACGCCACACUCAUAUAAACUACAAGAGGCCGUCUCGAAAGCGCAGAUGGAGCGCAUUGUGAAACCGCUUGAAAAACGCGACAUGGCCGUCGACAUCAUUGUGGCGUCUCCCGGUUGUUCAAAUGCGCCGGUCUCCGACAAAAUGAAAAAAAGAUGGUGGGCCGAUUUGCAAAGGUGGUACGGCUCGAAUCUGAAGGAGGCGGUUCUGUUGGACGGCGUCGGUCACCGGAACCAUUUGAUAGAGGCGGUCGACGCCGCGUUGCGCGUAUCCCAAACAGAAAUCUACCGCUCCAUCCUCAUUUGGCGCAUCGACGUCGCGCCGCUCGCUCCAUUAUCAGCGCCUCCAAAAAAAUUUGGAGAUGCGCCGACGGACUACCUCGACGCCGAUAAUGAUGAAAUCGCGGGCGUCGGCCACGGCUACGCCUGGGCCUUUCCUGCCGCGAUCUUGUCGUGCUUCCGCGCGGUGUUAGACAAUUGCUGGGUCGCGGGCUCGACGGGCGACUGGGCCCACAGUUGCGCGGCACACGCGGCCGCGGCGUCGGGCCUGGCUCUGCGGCGGGGGCCCUGGUGCUACCUGAAGCCGAAGGAAACGAGGCCGUGGUUCAGUUCGGCGACCGUCGAGCAGGCCGCGGGCGCGUCCCAGCUCGCGGGCUGGCAAAGGGACCGCGGCUACAACGUGAGCGUGGGGAUGGAGGAGGUGCGGACGUGGCCCUGGCUCUGCCCGCGGCCCGCGGCGCCCGUGUCGCUAAAGGACGACGUCGACCGCGCUUUCUGUGAUCAUCUGGAGGCCGUCGACGAGGACCUGGAUUGCGACGCCGACGAGGCCGACGCGGAGUUCUGCGCGCGGCUGCUGACGCCGGCGCUGCGCCCGGCGCUUGAUGACGAUAAUGUUAGGGCGCAGUUCCGGUGCGGCGGCGCGGCGCGGCGGGGGGAAUUGUAAUGUUGUUCUUAUGCGGA